UGUAAUUUAGUCUCUUUGAAAGCUCACAUGAUGUGGUGAUUGGUGUCUAGGUCUUCACUACAGUUUUGGUGUCUCACUGUCAGAUCUACUCUCUUCCCCAUCCAUCCCUUCAGAUGGUUUUCGUUCAUUGUUUCGUUGAUGGAUUUUAGAACCUGGGUGUUGUAACAAGGUUUUGUAUUUUGGGACUUUGUGAAGGAAGGGGAAGGAAUAAUGUCUAGUAUAAGAAAUACCCAUUGGUGUCACAGGUGCAGGCGAUCAGUUCGUCUGGGAGCGCGAGAUGCGGUUUGCCCCUACUGUAGUGGAGGAUUUGUUCAAGAACUCGAUGAUAUGGUGCAGUAUAGCACGUCGGACAUCUUUGGAUUUGAAAAUGAAAAUGAACGCGGCCAAAGAUUCGGGCUCAUGGAAGCUUUCUCGGCUUUUAUGAGGCAUAGGUUGGCAGAUAGAAGCCAUGACACCAGAACGAGAUUCGAUUCGACUACUGAACCAAGUCAAGGGUUUGGUCCACUUUUGAUUUUUGGUGGCCAAAUUCCUUAUAGGUUAUCUGGGAAUGGUGGAUUUGAAGCUCUCUUUCCGGGGGCUCCUGGAAUUGGAUUUACAAGAGGUAAUGCUGGUGAUUAUUUUAUUGGACCGGGAUUGGAAGAAUUAUUCGAGCAGCUUUCUGCUAAUGAUCGGCGGGGUCCUGCUCCAGCAUCCAGAUCAUCAAUUGAUGCAAUGCCCGUCAUCAAGAUCACUCAAAGGCAUCUACGAUCGGAUGCACACUGUCCAGUCUGCAAAGACAAAUUUGAGUUGGGAAGUGAAGCGAGGCAGAUGCCAUGUAACCACAUGUACCACACAGACUGCAUUGUCCCCUGGUUAGUCCAGCAUAACUCAUGCCCUGUUUGUCGUCAGGAAAUGCCCCCGCAACAAUCAAGUGGUAGCAGCCGUUACCAUAGCUCAAGUUCUAGAAGUGGUAACAACCAUUACAAUGGAAGAGAAAAUGCGAGGGAAGGACGGCGGAAUCCAUUUUCUUUUUUGUGGCCAUUCCGUUCAUCCGGUUCCAGCUCUAACCAUGAUGGUUCAACCGGAAGCAGUUCUGCCUCUGUACAUGAAAAUAACCAUCAUAUGGGUUAUUCGGGGUGGCCUUUCGACUAAGAUUCAAAAUUUAACAAUUAUCUCAUCUUAAAGUUGGCACCUUGUUUGCUUGAGCAAAUUGCUCGGAGUGGCUGGUUUGAGAACUUCAAGUCUAUAAGCCUUGAGUCUCUUGUUUGAAGUAUCGAGUCUUUUUGGUGUUAAUAUUUUGCAACUUUAUAGUGUAAAAUGAUUUUUCUUUGCCCAAACGUUUCUGUUGUCAAUACAUAAUAGGUUUUGUGGUUGUCGAUUUGGAUAUUGAUUAUGGUUUUCAUUUGGCUA